UGCUCAUUGCCCCGAAACGACGACGUAUUAGCGUCGCACGAACCUUCUUUCUCCUUGAAAUCAAAAUACGAUGUACUCUAGGUGUCAACUCUCGGCGUGAUCUAGAAAUCGGCUUUGAUGUGUGUGUUGUGAGGUAAUUGAGCGAUAAGAGAUGAAGUUGAGGAGCUGGGUUUUGAUCUUCAUUGCUUGUAACCUCCUUACCUUCUCCACGAUCUCUGCUUUCCGUCUGAGUCGAAGUCAACCAACCGAGCGAAUCUCAGGUAGUGCUGGUGAUGUGUUGGACGAUAAUCCAGUGGGAAGACUGAAAGUGUUUGUUUAUGAGCUUCCAAGCAAAUACAACAAGAAGAUUCUUCAGAAAGACCCCCGAUGUCUCACCCACAUGUUUGCUGCUGAGAUCUAUAUGCAACGCUUUCUUUUGUCUAGUCCUGUUCGAACACUCAACCCCGAGGAAGCUGAUUGGUUCUACGUCCCUGUCUACACCACUUGUGAUCUCACUCCCAACGGCCUUCCUCUCCCCUUUAAAUCCCCCAGAAUGAUGAGAAGUGCUAUUCAGCUCAUUGCUUCCAACUGGCCUUACUGGAAUCGCACUGAAGGAGCUGACCACUUCUUUGUUGUGCCUCAUGACUUUGGUGCCUGCUUCCAUUAUCAAGAAGAGAAGGCCAUAGGAAGAGGAAUACUACCCUUGCUUCAACGAGCUACGCUGGUGCAGACAUUUGGACAGAGGAAUCAUGUCUGCUUGAAACAGGGUUCAAUCACUGUUCCCCCCUAUGCUCCACCCCAGAAGAUGCAAUCACACUUGAUUCCUGGGAAAACUCCUCGUUCCAUCUUUGUCUAUUUCCGAGGAUUGUUUUAUGAUGUGGGAAAUGACCCCGAGGGUGGUUACUACGCGAGGGGUGCACGAGCAGCUGUAUGGGAAAACUUCAAGGACAAUCCCCUCUUCGACAUCUCAACAGAGCACCCAACAACAUAUUACGAGGACAUGCAGCGAGCAAUCUUCUGCUUAUGCCCACUUGGAUGGGCCCCAUGGAGUCCAAGACUAGUUGAAGCCGUGAUCUUUGGCUGCAUCCCCGUGAUCAUAGCAGACGACAUUGUGCUACCUUUUGCAGAUGCGAUCCCAUGGGAAGACAUUGGUGUGUUUGUGGAUGAGAAGGAUGUUCCUUACUUGGACACCAUACUCACAUCGAUCCCACCAGAGGUUAUACUGAGGAAACAGAGGUUGUUGGCAAACCCUUCGAUGAAACAGGCUAUGCUGUUCCCGCAACCAGCUCAACCAGGGGAUGCGUUUCAUCAAGUGUUGAAUGGGUUGGCCCGUAAGCUGCCUCAUGAUAGGAGUGUGUAUCUGAGACCAGGCGAGAAGCUGUUGAACUGGACGGCAGGACCGGUCGCUGAUCUGAAACCUUGGUGAGUACAAAUGCGAUCGAAGAGAGGUUGAAUUUGAUACAGUUGAUUCUAUUUGUUACUUGUCUGUAUUCUGUAGAAUUAUUUUGUAUAACCAUCAUCAACUUAGUAAGUGGCAUUGUUUGUUGACAAGAAAGAAAGAUAAGAGAAAUCUAUUCCAGUUUUUAAUAAACUUUCACCAACCCCCA